AUGCACAAGCCUGAGGUUUCCAGACAACUGGCAAAAUGGGCAGUCGAACUUGGGGAAUACGACGUGAUCUUCAGGCCAGCCACGACGAUUAAAUCCCAUGUCCUUGCAGAUUUUGUAGCCGAAUUCUCUCCAGCUCUGCUCCCGGCUCUCGAACAGGAGAUACGUCUCCGGAACGGGGUAGAAGAAGAGGGAGAAUGGACCUUCCAUGUUGACGGCUCCAGUAAUGUUCGAGGGGCAGGAGUAGGGAUCGUGCUCACAUCUUCAACAGGGAACACGGCCUCGAGAGCCGUAAGAUUCGCGCAGCGUCUCAUCAAGAAGUUCAAAAGCUGUAAACUCACUCAGAUUCCCAGAGAACAGAAUUCGCAAGCCGACGCUUUGGCUAACCUAGGGUCCACCCUUGAGACGCACACCCAGAUGAGUAUCCCUUUUCUGGUACUCCAAUGGCCGGCCACCCUAGUAGAGCCAUCGAACGAGGAGGUCUCCGCCAUUGAAGAGGAAGAAACAUGGAUGACUCCUUUAGUCCGAUAUCUAGAGGAUGACAAACUCCCAGAAGAUCGCAAUGAGAGCAGGAAAAUUAAGAAGAAAGCCCCUAAAUACUGCCUCUCUAAGGGAAACCUAUACCGCAGGUCAUUCUCUGGCCCAUACAUGAGAUGCGUCACACUCCGUGAAGCAGCUAGGUUCCUGGUGGAACUACACGAGGGAGAUUGUGGGUCUCACUCCAGCGGAAGAAGCCUAGUAUUGAGAGCAAAAAGAGCAAGAUACUACUGGCCCACGAUGGCUGAGGAUACCAAUCAAAAGGCUAGACUCUGCGACAAAUGCCAAAGACACGCUCCAGUUUCUAAACUACCUCUAGAGAAUCUCAUGUCCAUAAGCUCACCCUGGCCUUUCAGGAAAUGGAGCAUGGAUAUAGUGGGGAAAUUUCCCAUGGCGCCGGGGCAGAAGGUCUUCCUCCUAAUAGUAACAGACUAUUUUUCAAAGUGGGUCGAAGCAGAAGUACUCAGCAAGAUAACCGACCUCCAAAUCAGAAAAUUUAUAUGGAAGCACGUGAUCACGUGGUUCGGGGUCCCAGAGAAAAUUAUUACAGACAACGACCCUCAGUUUACAAGCCACAAUUUCAAGGAGUUCUGCAAAGACUGGGGCAUAAGACUCUCCUUCGCUACACCUCGACACCCUCAAUCUAAUGGCCAAGCGGAAUCCACAAACAAGAUUGUGAUUGAUGGGAGCUACAAUGAGCUCAACAACAAGUUCUCACAUCUUGCUUCUACAGUCAAGAAUUUAGAGAAUCAGUUUGCUUCCAUGAACACUCACCAGACUCGCCAGCAAGGAUCUCUGCCUGGAAAAUCUGACCAAAACCCCAAGGAGGCCAAAGCUAUCACCCUUAGGAGUGGUAAGCAGUUACUUCCUAAAACCCUCACCAGGGAUGCUGAGAAACUAGGUGAGGAGGUGGCCAUCAAGUUAGUGAAGAAACAGACAUCAGAGCUUUUGAGAGGGAGUGUGCAUGAGCUAGAAGAGAAGAAGAACAACAAGCCCACUUGCAGAGAUUCGAUAUUGAUAUGGAAGAUCAACCGCAAGGGGCAGAACACCAACCAUGGGCAGCUCGACCCAUUUGUACUUAUGACAGGCCCAACAUUAAUGGUCAUAGACUGGGAAUCCGAGCACCGGCUGUGGCAGCCAACAACUUCGAGAUCAAAUCAAGACUCCUCAACGUGA